CGUCUUUCUUUAUUAAUACCAUUACACAGCAGAUAAGAUACAAAAAUUAUCGCCUUUUUUAGGACGAUUUUAUCAGCCUCUUCAAUCGGUGCGAUAACGACAAUGAUGUUGUGACAACGAUGAUAAGCCUAUGUUUCAAGGAAUCAUCUUCGCACAAUCAUGAAUUAAAACCCCGCUUGUCCCGUUUGGCGCGUUGGCAUCAUCUGUACGGGUGCGCGCAAAGAAAUUGCCACGCCCACAUUAUUGUCCGUCAACAAACUAUUAUUCCGUGCCUUCGACACGCUGGCCAUUGAUCUCAAUGAGCUGGACCUGUCGGUCGCUACGUGCCUGGAAUUGCCUCUCAACGCAAUAUGGAAACCGGUAGAGGGUGUCGACCCCCCCAAAACAACCCGGUUUUAAGAAUCUGUUGGUCAAAGAUCUCUUCGUUUUCGACUACCAUGUACGGCUACGUCGUCCAGCGGAAGAGUCUAGCCUUUCUUCCCGCCGGUGGGACUCGCGAAGAACGCACAGUACAUGAGCAACUUGAACUCGGUGUCGUCGACGCGUAUGCUUUGCUCCAGCCUUUUAGGGAAGCUAUGGCUCGAACUCAAUGGCUAUCGGGCUUUGCACUCCACCCUACCAACCACCAAAACUCUCCACCCGAAUUGUCCCGAAUUUUAUGCCAUCAGCAACCUGUCGUAUAUCUAGAAGCUGCCACGGGUGCGACAAUCCCGGAAGCCCGAGCAUUGCCUGUGUUUAUCAAAGAUUACAAAAAGACUCGUCGUCAGGUUCUUAAAAUUGAGACUGUCUCUGCUAUUCCUGUCCUAUCCAUUGGCCGCUGUGCAACGUACCAGUACGAGUGUCAAGUAGGCGUCGGCCAAGCAGCAUUUCACGAGCACAGUGACCUUGUCGGUAUUGUCGCUGCAAACAGUAAACUCUCAAGACAUUCAUCCCAAGAAGCUGAACCAAAGAUCCGAUUUGAACAGAAAGUUGGCUCGCUUUCCGCCAAGUCAUCAACAUAA